AUUUAUGCUUAAAAUCAUCGUUUAGGCUUGCAGAGCAAAAUUAAUGGAAUUAACAAACAAUUAUGGCCAAAUUGUAUGAGAAGUAUCCUAAAUCCUAUUAAAAUUCAAUGCAAAAUCAUAGGGAAAAAGAGGAUUAUCACAUUUCUUUUUCUACUCCAAUUCUGUAAACUAAAACUUGCUAAAAGCUGUGUUUUGGGUAUGGUGAAUGUUACAGGGAACUUGGAAUUGGGAUAGUACCAUAUAGUCCUCUCGGCCGGGGAUUUUUUGGUGGCAAGAAAGUUGUUGAAAGUGUGCCUGCAAACAGUUUUGUGGAAUCACAUCCUAGAUUUCAAGGAGAGAACUUCAACAAAAACAAGAUCUUCUACACACGUAUGGAAGAGCUGGCUGAAAAGCAUGGGUGCACCCCGGCACAACUUGCACUUUCAUGGGUUCUUCACCAAGGAGAUGAUGUAGCACCAAUUCCUGGGACAACUAAGAUUAGCAAUCUAGACAAUAACAUUGGUUCAUUAAGAGUGAAGCUUACAGAUGAAGAAUUAGAAGAGAUUUCUGCAGCCAUACCCAUCAACGAGGUGGCGGGGAGUAGAUUGAUAAAUGAAAGUUUCACUCGUGCCUCUUGGAAAUUUGCCAACACACCAGCAGAAGCGAGUCCGGCAAAAGCGAGUCCUUGAGCUGCUAAAAGUAUCUAAAACCAGGAAAUUUUAUAUUACGGAGCUGUUUUGCUCAAUUAAAAUAAACAACGUGAGGACAAAGUGAGGUGGAGAUCCAUCUCUGUUUGUUAAAAUAAAAUCUAUGAUAAGGGAAUGCAUAAGGGAUAGCUAUUCUAAUGUUGAAAAUGUUUGUGCAAUAUCCACUUGAUGUAAGGUUCUUAUGUAUUGGUUGCAAACUUUUGUUCCUAAAUUACCUUGGAAAUGCUUUUAUAACUUUAGUUGGCUGCACAACCAAUUAACAGA